UUUUUUUAAAAGAAGGAAAAAAAACCUUAGCCCAGAGAAUUUGAACAUACAUACAUACGUACCAUUUCAUUACAGCUUCCAGUCAGCUGUUCUGCACUCCAGACGCGGUUGCUUCGUCUCUUCAAAUUCUUCGAUUUCUUCUUCUUGUCAUUCGAAAUACCAAGUGUUUACGCAGAAGAUUUCUAGGGCUCAUGGGUUCUGUUUCCAACUUCGUUCCAUGGAUUCUCCUGCUUCUACUCACGAUUAUUCCCCUGGCGGCGUCUCAGUCCGAGGCUCCACCUCCGGAGUCGGCGGAUUCCGAUCUGUGCAACGGUGUGUUCGUGUCGUACAAUUACGUGAAGGGAUCUAAGAUUCCGCCAAACGACUCGAGCGACCAGCCUUACAGGUUCGAAUCGGUGCUCAGUGUGCUGAACAACGGCCGCGACAAGCUCAAGUCGUGGCGGGUCUCCGUCGGAUUCGCUCACCGAGAGAUCCUGGUGUCUGCAUCAAACGCCGUGCUCGCCGACGGCUCGAGCCUUCCUGUGGGCGUCGGAAACGGUACUAUUUUCGCCGGAUAUCCGGCGACCGAUCUGAAGACAGCGAUCGAGACGGCCGGUGACGUCACCCAGAUGCAAGCGCGCGUCGAGCUUGUCGGGACGCAGUUCGGAGUUGCUCCGCCGAGUGUGCCGCUUCCGAAGAACAUCACACUUGCUAAUGAUGGAUGGGUUUGUCCCAAGGCCACUCAGCGAGGGAAGAACAUUCUACAAGUAUGCUGCAAGCCCGAUCCAAACUUUAAAACUGACAUCAUUGAUGAAGAAUUCCUUCCCCGGAAAGAGGGAGAUCUCACCAUCAUGUACGAUGUGAUCAGAUCGUAUGGAUCGAAUUACUGGGCCCAAGUCACAAUCGAGAACCAUAACCCACUCGGCCGGUUGGACAACUGGAAACUAAGCUUCGAUUGGAUGCGGGAUGAAUUCAUCUACACCAUGAAAGGGGCUUAUCCGAGUCUUGUCGAUUCAUCAGAUUGCAUUGACGGUCCGCAGGCGAAGUACUACCAAGCUCUCGACUUUUCCAAUGUUUUGAGCUGUGCCAGGCGACCAACUAUCAUAGACCUUCCUCUUACGAAGUAUAAUGAUUCUACAGUGGGCCUUAUCCCUUCAUGCUGUAGAAACGGGACGAUUUUGCCACGGUCAAUGGAUCCAAGCAAGUCGAGUUCAGUCUUCCAGAUGCAAGUGUUCAAAAUGCCACCAGAUCUCAACAUUUCUGCUCUGUCUCCACCUCAGAACUGGCGGAUCAACGGAACCCUGAACCCGGACUACCAAUGUGGUCCUCCUGUUCGGGUGAGCCCAAGCCAGUUUCCUGAUCCAAGUGGCUUGCCCUCAAACCGGACCGCUUUUGCGAGUUGGCAGGUAGUCUGUAAUAUCACCCAACCAAAGGGCACUAGCCCAAGAUGUUGUGUAUCGUUCUCUGCAUACUUCAACGACUCGAUCAUCCCAUGUAGAACCUGUGCUUGCGGGUGUUCCAGCAGCCGGGCAGCUCGCACAUGCAGCACAACUGCCCCGGCUAUCCUUCUUCCACCUGAGGCCCUUCUGGUUCCUUUUGAGAACCGAACCACUCUUGCCCUCGCUUGGGCAGACCUGAAACACCGGCCAGUGCCAAAUCCUCUGCCUUGCGGUGAUAAUUGUGGAGUCAGCAUCAAUUGGCAUUUGGCAACAGACUACAGAGGUGGAUGGACUGCUCGGGUCACGAUCUUCAACUGGGGUGACACUGACUUUGCCGAUUGGUUUGCUGCAGUUCAGAUGAGAAAAGCAACCCCAGGUUUCGAGAAGGCUUACUCGUUUAACGGAACCACCCUCAGUAUUGAUGGGGUGAACAAUACUAUAUUCAUGGAGGGUCUUCCCGGGUUGAACUAUCUUGUUGCAGAAAGAGACAGUGAUAACCCGAUAAAAGACCCUCGGGUUCCCGGGAAACAACAGUCUGUUAUCUCCUUUACCAAGAAACUGACACCAGGGAUCAAUGUCCGAGCUGGUGACGGAUUCCCGGCCAAAGUAUUCUUCAAUGGAGAAGAAUGCUCGCUCCCAACUGUACUUCCAAUGAGCAACAGCUUCCGAAGACACAUCUCCAGCCUUCUUCUGUCGUUACCCGCUUUAGUUCUCCUGAUUCUACGGUUGUAAAGUCCCCUGAAGGAGCCUCAUUUCCGGGGGUAAUACCGUUUAUUGAUUCUUUCUGACCAUUAUGAUAUGAUGGAUGAUAGAGUGUUUCAGAUUGGUUUUGCAAAUGCCCAGAAGAAGAAGAUUAAGUAGAUAGAAUAUAUAUAUAUAUAUAUAUUAUAUGAUGAAGACAUGUCACUAGCUGCUGCUACUUCUACUACCACUUGUGUAGCGAGUUUUGUAUCGGUGUGGUUUUGAUUCUUUGUUAGUUAAUUGUCAGUAAUCCUCUCGAUGAACACGUUCUUGUUCCCGGUCUGAUUUACCCGGUCUGGUGUGUCAGUUCCGGCUUACUUUGGUUAUGCAAACCGAUUCGAUUUGAUGUGUUA